UAUUCUAAUUCGAAAUUCCGCCUUCGAAUUUUCCCGCUCAUCUAUUUUCACCCAAUACAACGAAUUUGUUUCGUUGUCAGUGGGAGCGUAAUUUGUCUAUACGCAAGUCGGGAGUCGCAGGUUCGAUCCCUCCAGGUAUGCUAUGUCAAAUAACAGCUACGAAUACUAGAUUAUGCUGGUCAAGAAUAAGAUUGCAAAUCCAUAAUCGAGUCAUCAAAAUAUAGUGUGAAAUGGGGGAGGUUGCAACCGCGAGAAUAACGGCGCCUUUAUUUCCGUCGUCUGAUUCCAAUGGUUCUAUGGAAGGUCGAAAAAUUAUCCAAGGGGCUACUGCUGGAAAGAGAAAGACCCCAUCAGAACUCAGGGCAGAACAGUUCAAACGAAUGCGUGGAAUGCCAAAUGAAGUGUCCAAAUCCCUACCUACCCAAGAGAGGUUGAAUACUGGAAAUGUUUCCGAGCCUAAGAAAGCUGAGUUGUGCAAGCCACCAAGAUACAUUGACACUCAUGUUCAUGAUGUUUAUCCUGUGACCAAACCUGGUGACAAGCUUAAAUUACUUGGUUCCAAAGGCAAAUCUAAGGAUUCUACCUUAUUGCAGAACCAGAAAAAAGAGUUUGGCGAAACUUCUUCACUAUCUAAUGAAAAAAUUUCGUCAACAUUUUCCUUGAGAAGGAAUAGAACUGAAGCAUUACCUGAUUAUGUGAAUUCCUCCACAAACUGUACACUUACAUGUGAAAAUGUUGAAGAAACCUCAAUGUCUGUAAAUUACAACAAAUUUCUUAAUGUAGCUGAACUCUCAAAAAACUCUCAAGUACUUGCUUCAGGAACAACAAUUGACAUGGACAAGGCAUUGAAGGGAUUAGCAAAUAACAAAGUUGCAACUGCUACCCCUGCAACUCAUGACUUGCCAGGUUCAUUGGGGGAUUCAGUACAUGAUUUUCCAAGUAACACUGUUGGUCAUGAAGUUCAAAUAGAUGGAGAUAAAAUACCCUUGGAUCUGAGCUUGAAAGCUAGCAUGCGUCUAGUCUCUUCUUCUCCUCUCAAAUGGUGUCACCAGAUGACUACAACGAGUGAAUUUAUGGGCAUGAAAGAGUUCAUCUUUUCAUUGGAUUCUUUGGAAGAUAGUUUUCAAACAAACAACAAAGUUUUCUCAAAUUGCACAAAUGUUCAAGUUUCAUUUUGGCAAGCAUUGCACUCUUGGGUGCACCCUCAAUCUACAUUACCAUCUUCUCUUAUUUCUACAAUGGCAUUGUCUGCAGCACGUGGUGGUGCUGUAGAGGAUGAGUUUUUAUCAAAACGACUAUCUUCUUGGGAAGAUUCAUUUCGAUCAAUAUAUUACAUGUUUCGUAAAAGGAUGUGCAAUAUCUUUUACUUUUGCACUCAACAAUUUAUAGUCAUGUUCAUGAACAGUGACAUAGAGAGUAGAUGUGCUGCUUAUCUCACAAGAUCUACUCGUGGCCUUCGAGCUUUACUUAAGAAGCAUGAUGUAGGUUUCUCUAUGCCUCUCUGUGGUGCAGAAAUUGAGCAAGUCACCAUGGAGGAUUUGCACGAGUUAUCUGAGUUUGAGAAAACAAAUCCAGGGCAGACUCAAGUUGUUGACUCCAUGGUUGACGUUGACAACAGCUCUCAAUCACUUUUAGCAUUUGUUGGAAAUGUUAAUGUUCAUGGGUUAUAUGAUUUUUUGCUGAAUCAUAGGUCACUUCUGAGUUCGGUGGCCUGCGUUGAUGUUCCUGUUCUGUGCUCACCAGUGCCAUUCAAGAAUGCAUCACUUCAUGUGCCAAAGGUUAGCUGCAAGCAAAUAAAACGAUUGGAUGCUGUUCCUAAGGCUUCUAUAGGGGGUGAAUCAGUAACAACUGAUUCUCAUGAGAGCAAAUCUUCUGUUGCAUUCGGUGACAUGUCAUAUGCUAUUGAGAUAAAAGAUACAUUUCUUCCUCCCUGGGUUGUCAGCAAAAUAUGUGCCACAAUUGUCACAGAUAAGAAGAACUUUGAAGCAAGCUUUGUGACAGAACAACUCUCAGAUGGCCUAAAUAUUGCUUUGGAAUUUUAUUGUGGCAAAGGAAAUAGUGAAAAUUCUAAAGUUGACAAGAUCCAUUACAAUGGCAGUUUGAAAGAUGCAGUUUGCAGUCCAUCUUUGAGAUGGGCCUUUACAAAGAAUUUGAAAUACACAAAUGGUUCUUAUCUAGCUUCUCUGUCUUACAUUUAAUAUAUAUUUUUAAUAUUUUACCCUUGGUCUACUUUCUUUAAAAGUUAUGGAAUGUGGUCAGAUUUUUGUGAAAUAUUCACAAUUACUUCUUUGAGAAUGGUAGAAGAUGGUCCACUUAACGCAUCUAUUGAGGAUCGAUGCACCUCUGGUGCCCAUAGAUUGAAGGUCUGAGGAAAGAUGAGUGGCAUGGAAAUGGUGUAUUCCUUAAAGGAAACCCAAGUGGUUUGGUGGUCCUUUUCUUUGAUGUAAUCAAGCUCUAAUGGAGCUACAAAUGUGAAUGUACAUUAUUGGGUCUUUUUUCACAUUUGUACUAAAGGCUGAAAGCUCUCUGCUUCCACAUUGGCUGGAUGUGUAAUGAUCAUCAGUUUUCAAAAUGGAAAAUUUAAACAUGCAAUAUAAAUGUUUGUUGUUCUUUCA